CCUGUACUGGGAACUGCUCUCUCGUUUUGUAUGAUCCAUGUAUGCGUUACAGGAGACGAUCAUGAGCAAAUUGGAUGGACGUUGACCCUCGAGUUCCCAAGCACGCUAUCGAUAAGCGCUCCACCGCGUUCGCGUGCCAAUUGCUUGCGCGUCUGCUGCGCCUCCCAACCAAACAUCGCCCAAGGGCUUGAGAAACGAAAAAAUGGAGCCGAGAUCAGCAGUAGCCACUCUGCACCGCAGGUUGAGACGCGAGCUCGUAUCAGAUCUCUGGGCCAUGUGUGCAUCCGAGGGACCCGAUGACGCCACGGCCUGAGGCUCUUGCCUCUUCCUUUCAACAAUGAAAGACCGUCGUAAUUCUAUUCAUUCCACGACUUCGUACACACGACUUCUUACACUCGCUUUAACGCAUUUUGGAGCUAUUUUGUAGCAUCAGCCACCUUGUCUUGAUAUCACGCCGAUACCAACAACCUCAGCAUGUAUUGGAAGCCGAUUUUGGGCGCGGCGGUGCUGAGCGCUGGGAUGGCGAACGCAGACUUCAUGGUCUACACCGAGCCGCCUAUACCUACGAGUGAAAUUCUGGCCACCGCUGGCGGUGAAUGGACAACCUCCGUCUUCCUCAACGCCAACCUAGCUUGGAGAGCCUACACCAACGCUCGCGGAAGCACCUACGAGUCCUCGGUGUCCUCUGCUCUAUCCGAGGUCCGCUCCUUUGCCUCCGCACACUCCAACUACAGUAUUCCGGCCGAUGUCACGAACAACGAUGCAGCGACGACGUUCUACAGCAAGCCAGACUGGUACGAUGCGUUGCCGACAGGCGUCAAGCAGUUCAAGGAGGAACAGGUGUCAGAUCAGUUCAGCAUCAUACGGAGUGUGAUAGGCGAUGAUACUACCAGCGCAGCUGGCGGCGGCACAGGUACGGGCAGCGCCGGUGGGGCGUUGCCCACGCCGCGGGCAGGGCUGGGUGCUGCGGGGAUGGGUGCGAUGGCUGCAGUCGCAGCGGGAGUGUUCCUAUGAACAUUACGAAGGAGAAACUCGCAAGUCGCAGAUAUAACGCGUUGGCCGCAGGCGGUUGGGACUUCUGCUCCACAGUGGCUGACAAUGAAACUCGACUUUUGUGGCUUUGAGAUCUUGGGGUAGACUAUCACAUGAUAGUUCCAAGAUCGUAUUAUAUCCUGAGUUAUUACAGGAUGAGGUAUGCUCUAGAAGUCCAGUUUCUGUAUCAGUGGCUGUGAAUGAUCGUUUGAGAUCAUGGUCUACACGCGCUCUUGGAUUCACAUACGGCGGACCAGGCGGGAGCCAUCGCAGCGCAUGUCUGCCUCUACGACUGGGGGAUAGAUGUAGAGGGUAUACAGCUUCAUGUCGCGCUGGCUGGUAAGUGCGAGACUUCACAGAGACAAUCAGCAAACAGCCAAGGUACGACAUAUAGACAAUAGAUCUGCGCACAACUCACCAUAGAUAC